CUUUUUCUCCCCCGGGCGCUGCUUCCCCCCUUCUGAGUGCUGCGAAGAAGGAUAAUAUUUGAAUUUACUACUGGAUACCCUUGUGCUAUAUUUGCUAUUUUGCUAUUUGUGUCUAAUUCUAUCAUCUCAAUUGAGUGACCGUGUCAGUAAAGCAACAUCAGCUCUAUCGUCAAACCUCGCCAUGUCCGCCAGCCCGCCCAUCCACUCCGGCUCUGACGCCGCCCAGAUCGCAUCCACCUGCGCGUCGCUCAGCAUCACCACCACCGAGUUCGCCGAGCUGCAGAAGCGCGCCACCGCCGCAAAGGCCACCGCCUACUGCCGCUACAGCCGCUUCCGCGUCGGCGCCACGCUGCUGUGCGCCGACGAGGCUGGCGACGUGGUCUACGUGCCGGGCGCCAACGUGGAGAAUGCGUCGUACCCGGUGGGCACGUGUGCCGAGCGCGUGGCCUUUGGCACGGCGGUGACGAGCGGCAUCAAGAAGUUUAGGGCCAUUGCCGUGGCGACGGAUAUCAGCCCGCCGGCUAGUCCCUGCGGCAUGUGCAGGCAGUUCAUCCGCGAGUUUUGCACCCAGCAGACGCCCGUCAUCAUGUUUGACAAGAACUCGGACUAUGUGGUCCUGACGGUGGACCAACUUCUCCCAAUGUCUUUUGGUCCAGACGCUCUGCCGCCUCCUGGCGCCCCUGGAUACUAAGAUUUGAUGUCUUGGCUGUGCUUCACACUAUUGACGCCGUACGGCUGCGACACCCGUGCGGCUACUGCAAGGAGUACCGGGGAAGGGCGGGAGGAGAUUGGUGCCACUAAGCUGGUACCUGACAGAUGAUUCAUGGUUGUUUUUUUGUUUAUCAAUCUAUUUUGUUCUUUUCCUAAUAAUGACAGAGUAAUUUGAGUUAAUGCAUGUCUUGAAUGACAAUUUCCACAAUGCGGUG